GAGUGGACUGAGUCACGCAGAGUUCUCCUCAGGUCACACGGACCUGGGCUCGUGUUAAACUGGCGUGCAGCAAAUCAUCCCACAAGACACAGGCGUGACUGACACUUGUCCGUGCAUUUAGAAUGUCGAUAUUUGAUGAAAAAGGAACGAUGGAAAAAGGAAAUCAACGAGCAGCGGAGUGCAUUUCCUCUAGCAGACCUAAUAGUGGCGCUGUGGUGCUCUGAACAACAGUGAACAACUGUGGCUGGAAGUUGCAGAAGAAGAGGAAGAAAAAAUACGCCCCCUGCUGGGUGUUGUGACUGAUGACUCUGGGCAUCAAUGGAGAAAAGCUGCACAUAAAAGCCUAUUUUUUGUAUUCAUCCGGUCAUCACCAGCGGACCAGGGCAACUCUCCACCAUGGAGGAUGCAGAACCGGACCUCUCCCCUGUGUCCUCAGAGCCCGACAGCGCCUCCCUCUGCUCUUCUCCCUCCCUGUCCCUGCCCUCCACACCGUCCUCGUCCUCUGGCCCGGCCCAGGGAGGGACCCCUCCUCUCUGCGUCAUCAGCGAGGGCGUGGCUGAGCUCAGUCUGGUGAUCGAUGCCGAGGUGGCCCACCUGGCAUGUCAGGAGGUCCUGCAGAAAGUGAAGCUACAGCAAGUGGAAGCCGAUGAGCCCGACCUCCAGAACGGAGUGCAGGAGCAAGCUGCCGGCAAACCGUCGAAGAUCCGCGAGGAAGAAGACGAGCACGAUGGCCUGGUGCCGGGCUCGGUGAAGAGCGCCCGGAGGAGACAGAGACACAACCCCUCCAAACAGUCCUGGCUGCUCCGUCUCUUUGAGUCCAAGCUGUUUGACGUUUCCAUGGCGAUCUCCUACCUGCACAACUCCAAGGAGCCCGGCGUGCAGGCGUACAUCGGCAACCGCCUCUUCAGCUUCCCGCACGAGGACGUGGACUUCUACCUGCCGCAGCUCCUCAACAUGUACAUCCACAUGGACGAAGACGUCGGGGACGCCAUCAAGCCGUAUGUGGUCCACCGCUGCAGACAGAGCAUCUCCUUCAGCCUCCAGUGUGCCUGGCUCCUGGGCGCCUACUCCUCCGACAUGCACAUCUCCACACAGCGACACUCGCGCGGAACCAAGUUGAGGAAACUCAUCCUGUCAGACGAACUCAAGCCCGCCGGGACUCGAGCCCGCCGGGACCAGCUGACUCUCACCCCGUUCUGCCCCAUGGCGUCCCCAGCUGCCGGGCCAGGUGGCACCGGGGGCGAGCACGGCCUGUCGCCGUCCAAACGCACGCACCAGCGCUCCAAGUCGGACGCCACCGUCAGCAUCAGUCUGAGCAGCAACCUGAAGAGGACGGCCAGCAACCCCAAGGUGGAGAGCAGCCAGGAUGAGGACGAGGACUCCGGCCCGGAGAGUCUCGGGUUUGAGACGGGUCCACCGGUGCGUCUGGCUCCUCAGAGAGAGUUCAUCAAGUCGCUGAUGGGUAUCGGCAAGCGUCUGGCCACGCUCCCCACUAAGGAGCAGAAGACUCAGCGUUUGAUCUCCGAGCUCUCGCUGCUCAACCACAAGCUUCCGGCUCGAGUCUGGCUGCCCACUGCCGCCUUUGACCACCACGUCGUCCGUGUGCCGCACACGCAGGCUGUGGUCCUCAACUCUAAAGACAAGGCCCCCUACCUCAUCUACGUGGAGGUUCUGGAGUGCGAGAACUUUGAGACGUCUAAUGUUCCCAUGAGGAUUCCGGAGAACCGGAUCAGAAGCACGCGCUCGGUGGAGAACCUGCCGGACUGUGGCAUGACUGCCGAACAGCGAGCCGGCAGCUUCUCCACCGUCCCCAACUACGACAAUGACGACGAGGCGUGGUCAGUGGACGACAUUGGAGAGCUGCAGGUGGAGCUCCCGGAGGUCAACGCCAACAGCUGCGACAACAUCAGCCAGUUCUCUGUGGACAGCAUCACCAGUCUGGAGAGUAAAGAACCGGUCUUCAUCGCCGCCGGAGACAUCAGACGCCGUCUGUCGGAGCAGCUGGCUCAGACUCCCACUACUUUCAAGAGGGACCCCGAGGAUCCGUCGGCCGUGGCUCUGAAGGAGCCGUGGGAGGAGAAAGUCCGGAGGAUCAGGGAGGGGUCGCCCUAUGGGCACCUACCCCACUGGAGGCUUCUGUCUGUAAUUGUCAAAUGUGGCGAUGACCUGCGGCAGGAACUUCUGGCCUUCCAAGUAUUGCAGCAGCUCAAGUCCAUCUGGGAGGUAGAGCGCGUACCCCUGUGGAUCAAACCCUACAAGAUCCUGGUGCUGUCGUCGGACAGUGGCAUGAUCGAGCCAGUGGUGAACGCUGUGUCGCUGCACCAGGUGAAGAAGCACAGCCAGCUGUCUCUGCUGGACUACUUCCUGCAGGAGCACGGCAGCCACACCACCGAGGCCUUCCUGUCGGCUCAGAGGAACUUCGUCCAGAGCUGCGCCGGCUACAGCCUCAUCUGCUACCUGCUGCAGGUGAAGGACAGACACAACGGCAACAUCCUGCUGGACGCUGAGGGCCACAUCAUUCACAUCGACUUCGGCUUCAUCCUGUCCAGCUCGCCCAAGAACCUGGGCUUCGAGACCUCCGCCUUCAAACUGACCGCCGAGUUCGUGGAUGUGAUGGGCGGCCAGGACGGCGACAUGUUCAACUACUACAAGAUGUUGAUGCUACAGGGUUUGAUCGCAGCGAGGAAGCACAUGGACCGAGUCCUGCAGAUUGUGGAGAUCAUGCAGCAGGGUGAGCACAUGCCAACACUCACUCGCUCACCAACACGCACAGGCUGCACUAACCCUGGCCACUGUGCCGCAGGCUCACAGCUGCCCUGCUUCCACGGCUCCAGCACCAUGCGCGGCCUGAAGGAGCGCUUCCACAUGAGCCUGACAGAGGAGCAGCUGCAGCUCUUGGUGGACCAGAUGGUGGACGGCUCCAUGCGCUCGCUGACCACCAAGCUCUACGAUGGCUUCCAGUACCUCACCAACGGCAUCAUGUGACCAGCCUGAGCGACGACUCCACGUGGUUCUGCUCGACCUGUUUUGUUGCUGCUCACUUCACUGUUUGCGCAGAGAGCUCUGAUUGGCUGCCGGACUGGACUGUGGGCCAAUGGGAGGCUGCUUUUAGUCUGAACUGUGACCCUGCAGAGGGAGACCGGGCCAAGACCCGGACGGACCACAGUGGGUUUGUGUGAGCCCUGGAACUGCAAACCUGCGACCCUGUGAUUCCUACGUGUUUGUCUCCAUUAAAAAACACCUGUGUGUCCUCAACUGUGUGUCAUUGUGUGUGUGUGUUACUGAAUUCUUACAUUAAACUCUGGCUCCUGUUGAG